UGGCAGCAAUAUAUAUAGCCUGUUCUCCGGGAGACGGACCAAGUGUUUAUCCUAGCGGGUCCGGACAAGCUGCUCGUAUUUCUCCUCGAAAACUUCAUUAUACCCACAUGCGGCAGUUCUCGCACCUAGAGCUCAUUUCAAUGUAUCUAUCUGACCAUCCUAGACCCGCUGGUCUUGAUUGCUGCCAAGAUGCCUCUGAAAGGUAGUUCAAUCGCGUCUCUGAAGUCAAGGUUGGGAUGCAAAACUUGCAAAAUUCGGCGAGUCAAGUGUGGAGAAGAAAAGCCAAAUUGCGUCCGAUGCACUGGUACAGGUCGCAAGUGCGAGUAUGAAGGCAGAGUUUCUGGUGCAUCCUGCUCCAUGCUUUCGACAUUCUCUCCUUCAUCAUCACCAAACACAGCGUGGCGUGAGCGACGCGCUUUUGCUUACUAUUUUCAGCAUGCUGCACCAUUUGUUGGUGGUGGGCUAGAUAGUGAUUUCUGGCGCACCAUCGUCCCACAGGUUUGUCGGAGUGAACCUGCUGUGUGGGACGCUAUCAUUUCCGUCAGUGCACUAUUUGAGGGCCCCGAACCAUUCCCCGACUUUGUCUCUCUACGGCCGAAGAAUCCCCGGGUCCUCACACAGAAUCACCGGGAUGCGUUGAGCUGGUAUUCGCGCUCAGUAACUUCUUUCCGUCAGCAUAUCGAGCGUGGUGCCGUAGACGUCUUUGUUGGACUGAUUAGUUGUGUACUUUUUAUCUGCAUCGAGGCUCUGCAAGGUGCUACAGCAGAGGCCUUGCGGCUGUAUGAUCAGGGUGUACAUCUUAUUCUGACUUUGCGUGUCCAAAUCGCUUCCGGUGCCAUGCCACCAGCUAAAUCUUUUUUAUUAGAGGAUAUAAUUGUCCCAAUUUUCGUCCGUCUGGGAGCAAUGGCUUUCACAAUUUCUAGGGUUCCAGUAACCUCUUUACUACCAGGAACUGAGCAUGCUUUGACGCAGGAAUUCGUCUCCCUCAAAUCUGCUCGGGAUGCCAUUGUUCUGCUAUCCACAGAGGCCCAGCUCUUUGAAAGCAUCUGCGAAAAGAAUAUAUCUCUGGCGAGUGCCUCUCAUAUGCCUCUGGAAUUGAUAAACCAACAAAUAACCCUACUAGCCAAGCUCAGGAGCUGGCACGUCGCCUUCACCAAGUUGAUGGCGUGCCUACACUCAAAGGGCAGAUUAUCUCCAGAACAAACCAGCAUCGCAGCCCUUCUCUGGACUUACCACGAGACAGUGCUCAUAAUACUCGAGACUUGCGUAUCGCCAUCACGAAUGCUUAUCGAUGCCUAUUUACCAAGCUUCCAAACCAUAGUCGAACAAUCAAGCAUUGCUCUAGAUGCUUACAUGCAACCAGAUGGCACACAACCGCCAUUCACAUUUGAAAUCAGCGUCGGUCUUCCCAUUUGGUUCACCUGUCUCAGGUGCCGCGACCCCGGUAUCCGACGCAUGGCGCUAGACCUGCUCCGUCGAGCGCCUCAAGUCCAGGGGGUCUACAAAUUGCCCCCUGCGGUAAGAUUCAGUGAAAAGGUCAUAAUAUUAGAAGAAACUUAUGAAUCGACAAAGAAUACAGAACAGGCGAUAGCUACGGCAUCCAUCGAUUAUCAAUCUCACAUCCGAGAAAAAAGUAGCGACGCAUCUUCAUCAACGGAUAUGCCAACAGGAGUUCUCAUACCGGAAGAAGCACGUAUCAGACCUAUUGGUAUCUUUCGGCCAAGAGAGGGCAUUCCUCCUGAAAUUAUGGAGGAAGACGUCGCGAAGUGGAACGCAAGUCUUGAUCAAGACUUCUUGCGAUUCACACGGAACAAGUACGAGGAUAGCGGUAUUUGGCAGAUAGUACAUGAAUGCGUUCCAAUUGAUUUUUAAUUUGGAUUAAACUCUGUCGAUGGGGAUGAGAUUGAGUAAUUGCCAUUCCUCUUUUAUUUUUCAAAUAUCAUGGCAAUUGUAUGAGGAUACAUGUUUGCGCCAGCGGCUUGUGCAUAUGCAUAGCAAUUGGUGAUGCGGCCUGGCUAUGCCUCUAUCCAAGAUGAUACCAUACCAGGUUUCUCUUGUGCAAUAAUACAAAGACAUUACCGCUGUUCAAAUCUAAUGGCAGGAGAAGCGUCAAAACACCAACAUCUCGGACUAGCACUCCGACAUAAGCUGCGCGUCCGAGAUCCCCGCAUCAGUAGUGAGGAGUGAAAUGUCAUACCCGGUGGGUCUGAACUAGUACUA